AGGUUUCUGCCAAAAGCCGGGAUAAAACAAGGUCAGGUAAAAAUUAAACUCUGUUGCAAUGUAAUUGUGAUAUUUUUAAUGAAGUGUAAUUGCGACGAUCUCAUACGCCUACAAAGGACGCGAGCAAAUAAAAUUCGCUGCAUGUAACGUUUGUUUUAAAAACGUAAAAUACGUAGCGCAUAUUUAACACGAAAGCAGCCGUUCCAAGAUCAUUUUAAUACGCGUGGUGUUUUUGUGGAUUACAUGGGGCUCUCAUGUGACUGAUUAUGGGAGGGUUUAAAGAUGACUGGAAGCCAUCUUACACACUCGCUUUACACCCCUAAAUAUAUGUCACAACUCUACACCUAUAAUUCACAAACACAAACACACAGAAAGAUAUUCUCAGCCACAUCUGGUUGAAAACCUUUGAAAUCAUUGUUGACUAAUUGGAGGGAAAGGAAUGGACAGAAUAAUUGAAAAGACUAACACUGGCUUCCUGGCCCCUGGUCAGUAAGAAUUUCCUUUUGCAUUGGAGGGAUUCGCUCAUUCAUGGAAGGAUAAUUGAAGCUAAUCUUCCUGCUUAUAAUAUCUGUGACCUGUUGCUUGAGUGACACUGAUAUUGAGAUGUUCCACAAGAGACUUGCAUAUUGAGGAACAAGGAACUGGUGAAAAAUAUUGCUUUAACUUUUUUUUUUUUGUGCGCUUUGGACACUUCGAAAGCUGUGGGAAGGACAACUUGCAAUUUUUUAUUUUUAUUUUUUUUUUAUUUUUUGCAAGCCAGUUAAGAUUAAGUAUUAUCUCCACUGUUGUUUAUUGUCGCUCACUGUUCGGAAGAGAGAAUAUUUAAGUCAUGAGUACAGCCAGAAUGGAGAAUCCAGUGAUUCUUGGACUGUCGAAUCAAAAUGGCCAAAUGCGAGGCUCGGUGAAGCCAGCAGGUGGUCCAGGAGGAGGUGGAGGGGGGUCCCAAACAACGCAGCCAGCCCAGGUCAAACCCUCCAGCACAGUCAACAACGGCAACUCCCAGCCUGCACCCACAGCCAACACUAUCAUCAAGCCUGGGGAUGACUGGAAGAAGAAUCUAAAGCUUCCUCCAAAGGAUUUGCGCAUGAAAACUUCAGAUGUGACUGCGACCAAGGGAAACGAGUUUGAGGAUUACUGCCUGAAACGGGAACUGCUUAUGGGCAUCUUUGAAAUGGGCUGGGAGAAACCGUCACCCAUACAGGAGGAGAGCAUUCCCAUUGCGUUGUCUGGGAGGGACAUUCUGGCCAGAGCCAAGAACGGCACAGGAAAAAGUGGCGCCUACCUCAUUCCCUUACUUGAACGCAUUGACCUGAAGAAAGACAGCAUACAAGCGUUGGUUAUAGUGCCCACUAGAGAACUGGCUCUACAAGUAAGCCAGAUAUGUAUUCAGGUCAGCAAACACAUGGGCGGGGUCAAGGUCAUGGCAACUACAGGUGGAACCAACCUCCGUGAUGACAUCUUGAGACUUGACGAAACAGUGCACGUUGUCAUUGCCACUCCAGGAAGAAUUUUAGACCUCAUCAAAAAGGGAGUGGCCAAAGUCAAUCAAGUGCAGAUGAUAGUGUUGGAUGAGGCAGACAAGCUCCUGUCACAGGACUUUGUACAGAUGAUGGAGGAGAUUCUGAGCUAUUUGCCCAAACAAAGGCAAAUUUUGCUGUACUCUGCCACCUUCCCACUGAGUGUGCAGAAGUUCAUGAACAACCAUCUGCAGAAGCCCUAUGAGAUAAACCUGAUGGAGGAGCUGACCCUGAAGGGGGUUACUCAGUAUUACGCCUAUGUAACUGAAAGGCAGAAAGUCCAUUGCCUUAAUACUCUGUUCUCCAGGCUCCAGAUCAAUCAGUCUAUAAUCUUCUGCAAUUCAUCACAGCGAGUGGAGCUCCUGGCAAAGAAGAUCUCUCAGCUUGGAUACUCCUGUUUCUACAUUCACGCCAAGAUGAGACAGGAACACAGAAACCGUGUGUUCCAUGAUUUCAGAAAUGGCCUGUGUCGAAAUCUCGUCUGCACUGAUCUCUUCACAAGAGGAAUUGAUAUACAAGCUGUGAAUGUGGUGAUCAACUUCGAUUUCCCCAAACUUGGGGAGACGUACCUCCAUCGUAUUGGCAGAUCUGGCCGAUUUGGACACUUGGGUCUCGCCAUUAAUUUGAUCACUUACGACGACCGCUUUAACCUGAAGGGUAUUGAAGAGCAGCUGGGUACUGAAAUCAAGCCCAUUCCCAGUAGUAUUGAUAAGAGUCUAUAUGUGGCCGAGUACCACAGUGAGAGUGGAGAGGAGGUUAAACUGUGAGCAGGAGAGAUCAUCAAUCCUUUGUCCCCUGUCCCCACCUUUUUUUCCUUCCCUACUGUGUCUAGGGAAUAGGGGAUCUUUUUUUUUUUUUUUUUUUUUUU